UAGCCGAGUUCGCCGCUUAUAUGGCUGCUUGUCUGGCUGUCGGGCCGAAGUAGUUGCGUUGAAGAUUAAUUGACUGCACCGACGAUGGCUUCAUUUUUCGGUUUUGACAAGAUUCAGCGGCUCAGGGUUAUGAUUAAGCAUAACGGUGGUGUUAUCAAAUCCGCAUUCAAGCUUUGGAGGAUGGACGAUUUACGAAUGGGGACGCUGAUUGGCGUUGACAAGUAUGGGAAUAAGUACUACGAGGACAACAGAUAUUUCUUUGGGCGCAACCGCUAUGUGGAGUACGCUGACCAUUACUUCUUUGACUAUGAUGGCAGCCAAGUGCCGGCCGAGUGGCAUGGCUGGCUGCACUACAUCACCGACUUACCGCCUACCAAGGCUCCUCCUCCGCAGUACAAGUGGCUUGCCCCGCACACUGAGAACAUGACCGGAACCAAGGACGCCUACAUGCCGUACAGUACCGUCCGGCCCAAAAUUCAGUCAUGGGUACCACCUAAGACGGCAAGGAAGUGAACAGCUCUCUGAGCACCUUGGAAAACACAUUGUAGACCUGCGCUGUAGGUGUGUCGAGUGCUGCUUUCACUCACUCUUGGCUGUACAUACGAAACUUAGGUCAAUAAAUGAAUUAACGCUGUUGA